AUGAUCUUAAUGGAGCUCGAGCGUGCCCAUGGUCUUGAGGACCGUCGCGUUCGUCAGGAAGAGCAUGCCGCUGUUGUGAUUCAGGUAAGUGAGAUGGACAUUGGUGGGGAGUAUUUGGCUUAAAUUUACUUUGGAAGUGUUGCAAGUGCGACGUACAAAUUCUCUUUAAAUUUUGCAUUCAUUUGGGGGAUAUCUCACACAUAAAUUCCUGAGAGUUUUAGCUCGCGUUUUGCAGGCACAGCCGAGAUAUUCUUUUCGCGGCUGAGGGAGUAUUAGAAACGUGGACUGGUCAGAUCUUUGUCAGCUUCGUGCGAAAAAAGUUAUUUUUUUAUAGAAAAAUUACCCUCAUUAUGUAAGAAAUAACCGCGAAGAUUUUCAUGUAAAAAUUUAGAAAAAAGUCUUGCAUUUUUGCCAACUUCCAACCUAAAAAUCUCGGUCAUUCCUGUAGCACGAAGCAAGGAGCUUGGCAUGUCUUACAAUUCGCAAACUUUAUUUCAAAUUUUUGCCAAUUUACACCAAAAUUUAGGCGUCGCACUUGGACCACUUCCCUUGUUAGUUGGGCUUUUGUUUUUUAUACCCCUAUGACUGUAACUCCUUUAACUUUCCUUUUUCUAUCUAGCGCUUCUACCGGGCCCAACGUGGGAUCCGCCAACAGCGUUUGGAGCAUGCUGCGGUGGUUUUGCAGGUUAGUUUGGCUUCGAUUUUCACUAAUAAACCUCUUGGUUCGCUGUAUUCUUUUCUUUUACAUUUAAUUUGUGUUUUGAACCUCUUUAGUUGGCGUUGUGAUACAAAAGAAAAUUUCAAUGAAGCCAUCGUAUUUUACAACAAAACAGUAUACAUUAGAAGUUAGUAUAGAUGCAAUUAUCGUAUCUAACGGCAAGAAACUUCUGCAAACUCAAAAUAAACACUCUUUUCUGUUACUAAACAAUUUUCCCUUUGCCUUCGAAAGACGUUGGUCUAAUAAACAAAUUUCAGAGCCAUAUUCGCCGUUUCUUGGCCAUGCGGAGAUACGAGCGUCUUCGCCACAUGUACACAUCAGGCCGUCCCAUCGACGAACAAGCGCUGCGUGAGGGCGCCGAGGCCGAUCAAAAAGAGGCCGAGGAGUUUCUGAGGGCCGUUAUCGGGAAUCCCGAGAAGCUGGAGGCGUUGGAUCGGGAGCAAAAGUUGCAAAAGAUCUACAGAAGAAGCGAGGACCGGGCUGCGACCAAAAUUCAGGUGAGAAUUUUGAUAUGAAGCUGUUUAGGGGGCUUAAACUUGAUAUGACGGUACUAAAGCUGCAGUGGUUUGAUUUGCUUAUGUUCAGCGAUGUUAUCAGACAAGAGAAUGCGUGGAAUGAGGAGGGCCUUUUAGAGACUUUUAUCAAAGUUUUCACACGCUUCAGGCAUAAGCUACAUAUCAAUUCAGAAACGAAAAAAAAAUAUAUAAUAUAUAAAAUUUAGCUUGCGCUUUGCAUGGGCAUCAAAUAUAUUCAACGAGCGGAAACUUGGAGGGACAUUCGACCUAGAAAUCUCCGGCGUUUCUGCAAAGCGCGCGUUUGAAAUCUCCCAUGUGUCUUACAAAAGAAUAAGCUAAGCUUCUACCAAAUGUCAUCAAAAUUUGACCGUUGCACUUCAAGCAUAUCACACUUAUUUUUUGAUUAUUAUUAUUGCUCCAAACUUCGUUAGACUCCAUAUUUUUACCGCCGCUAUUUGCAAACAUUGAUAAGCACCACCGUCGGACAUUUCGUUUGCUUUGGGCACUUUACGAGCAUUCCGAACACCCCCAUCUACGUCAUCAUUUUUGUAUGCCCUUUUGACCUUUCAAAAAUAAAAAAAUCUAAAAAAAAUUCUCAAAACAUUUACGAGUUUUGCGAACCUUUUAGCCUCUGACGUCGUGCUCUAGCGGGGCCUUAAAAAUAGCCGUUAUCUUUACUAUUUUUACUCUGUUUAUAUGAGUGGAGAGGCGAUGGAUCGAGUCCAUUGCGUACGUCAGCGAGCGUCAGUUGUCCUGUGUUCCCGUGAAGCGGAGAACUGGAAAUUUUGACAUUCCCUGAGACAAGGGUCGACCUUCCGUCAUAAUUGACAGACAGCGCCUUCGGGGAUGAACGGCAAUUUUGCAAACUCCGCAUUUUUUAGCACUAUUUCUAUUCUUUUCCGGAAUUUUGGCCUUAAAUUUUGAAUUACUCGAAUAAUAUUAGAUCAAACAAGAGAAUGUGUGAAUUGAGGGUGCUGCCGUAGAUCAAGAUAUGACAAAUCGACCGGCGUCAGGCGGGGAGCGACAGGUCCAAUGAAUCACGUAAAUAGAAGGGUGGAAUUGGGACUCGUUUUUGAUAUAAUCGCAUUUUAAAAGACCUUCGUUUUGUGGGGAUCUGGGUCGAAAACAAAUAACAAUUUCGGUGCUUUAGGAACAGAGGGAUACGUUUCAGAUAGGCAGUGUCGAAGGGCGACGCUGAGGCGUUGAUGAUACAUAGUUCAUGUGAAAAGUAAUUUUGUUUUAUAUUGUCACGGUGUUUUGCGAAUUUUAACAUAUAUAGAUUCAUGCCUAUUUCUACUGUAGAGAGUAAUGUUCCCACGAUAAAAUCAAUUUUUUUCGCGCGAAGCUGGCAAAGAUAUGGACCAAAAGUUUUCUUCUCUCUGACAGCUCUCCGCUUUUUGUGUACUCUCUUGGCGGCAAAGGCCAUAGAAUAUCAAGGCCACCCCUGCAAAGCGUGAGCUAAAAUUUUGAGCAAUUGAUAUGUUGCCUAUGCUCGAAAUGUAUGUAAAAUUGAAAGGGAUCCCGAGAGUUGCAUUAGUGGCACCCAACAAGUCUAAAACAUGGCACUAGGCAAUAUUUUUCCACGGAAUUUGCGGCAUCUUUAGCACACGCUUUGCAAAAAUUCACGAAAGAUAUUUUGAUGUCGAGCACUUUGCUUCAAUAUAGCAAUCCAAAAGAUACUGCUUAUACUUUUUUAACUGACAGAUCUCGCCCUAGUUUCCAUAAUCUCUAGCCUCCAAAGACCGCUGAAAACGUCAUACAAAUGCUUGUUGAAAUUCUCGGGAAUAAAAACGUGGCUUAUGCUGCAAAGUUAUCAAAAUUUUGAUGACAAUCUACCACUGGGUCUCGGGCAUUUUUUUUUGCGAAUAUUGAUCAAUUUUACUCUAUAAUAAACUUUCUAUUUUCAGCGAUUCUACCGUAGCCAACGUCAGCAAAAACUCGACAAAGCCGCCAUCGUUCUUCAAGUAAGUUUUAGCAUUUUUUAUCAUUUUUUCAUUACUUUCUUCAUCUCUAUUUCCCACUUGAUCCAAAAAUUUCGUAAUGAUCGACAGGCGAUCUAAGAUCAGGUCUUAUUUUUUAGCUCAUCGGAUCAUUAGUGAGCAAAAUCUCGAGCCUCAUUCGAAAUUAGACAAAUAAAGGGAAAAACAAAUAGGUUGGCUCUUAAAAACGCUUCUAAAGUUUGCUUCCUUCAACUGAAGAGGGGUUUAUUUCAGGUUGCAUUUUGGUGAAAGGGUUGUUUUGAUUUCGAAACGAGAUUACUGGGAUUUUUCGGAGAUUUUCGGCGCGUCGGGGAAGUAAUCCAAGACGCUCGGGUUUUGAUAAAACCUGGCAAAAAUUUAGAAUACUUUUCUAUAUGACAUAUCUGAAGUUCACAGCUCGCGCUUUGCAGAAAUGACCGAGAUUUUUAGGUCCAAUAUUAAGAUUUUUAGGAAGUAUCAAAAAUACAGCAAAAUGACUCACUCUCCAAGUGAAAAGGUCCGCCACUGUAGCUUACAGUUCAAACGUUACAAGUAUGACACUUGAUUUUGAUGAAACUUGGAACAAAUUUUAAUCCGUUUUUUACAACUUGGCCAUUGGAGCAACCGAUAAUUUUAUGUCAAAAUCUGAAAAAAAUGUAACACUCUUUUUGCGAAUUUUGGCAUCAAAGUUCUUCCACCUAUUUCUACUGUAGAGAGAAAUGUUUCCACAAAAAAUCAAUUUUUUCCGCACGGAAUUGACAAAGAUACGGCCAAAAACACUCUUUUCUCUGACCACUCUCCGCAUUUUCCAUACUCUCUCGGCCGUUAAAUAUCUCGGCUCUCCCUGCAAAGCAUGGGCUAAAAUUUUCAGUAUUUGCUAUAUGGCCUACCCCUAAAAUCUGUGCAAAAUUUAAGGAAAAUCUGGACGCCGCACUCGGUGUACUGCGCUUGUCAAAACAAUAUACCUGUACUUUUGUUAAAGGGUAUUCAAUUGUAUUUCCCGCUCCCAUUCACGUCUCACUUCCUCAUUCGACUGUUUUGUUCGGCUCUGCGAUUGUUUGGGGAUGCCGAAAAUACCUUUUGAACCUAUUAUCUCCCAAUUUCAGAGCCAUAUUCGCCGUUUUCUGGCCGUCCGCCGCUAUAAUCGAAUGAAAACCGCUCGAUUGGAGCACAUUCAACCCAGAAUGGUAGGAGUUUUUGACUUUACAUUUGUCUGCCGCGACCUGGCGAGCUCUAUUUUUUGUUCUGAACGUUUACGCGAAAAAAAUUCGGAAUUUUUGAAAAAUUGAAUAAAAAUGUUUUAAUUUUCCAGGCCGUUGAGAUCCGUGUAACCCCUCCCGCCGAAGACCUGCCCACCUCCACCGAAUCCCGCCUAAUCCCCGACGCCGAAGUGGAAGAGGCCGCGAAGAAGAUCCAAAAGUUCUAUCGACUCCACCGCAACGACAUGCAUCGCCGUCUCAACCAAGCCGCCACUGUUAUACAGUCCUACAUUCGCCGGUAUUUGGCUAUGAAACGGGUCGAACGCAUGAGACUGGCCAUUGAGGCGGAGAAAAAUGCGGCGACGGCGCAUUCAGAUAUGACCCCGGAGAAAGCCGCCACCAAAAUUCAGGUGGGAUUUGAAUUAUAAUAAAAAAUUUUUUUGUGAUUUUUUAAAUUUCUAUCAUUCCGUCGGGAAAAUAAUGUGGACUCAUAUCGCCUUUAAAUCGCCCUUUGCGACGGCUCUCAGCGGCUGGAGAUUAGGUGCGCUAGAGGCGAGAAAUUUUACUCCGACGAAUCCACAUUAUUUUCCCGACAGGCUGAUAUUGGCUUGUAGCUGAGUUAUCGCCAUAAAAUUUGAGGUACAAAAAUGCGUCAAAAAAGCAAAAUUUUUUAUUCUUCAAAAGUUCAAAAAAUUUGCAUAAUUCUAAUUUUUUCAUAAUUGAAUUUGGAAAUUUGCAUAAAAAAAUUUAAAAUUGACUAAUUUUUGUAUAAAAUACGACAAAAGUAUGCAAAUUUUAAUUUCACGGAAAUUUUGUAAAAUUUGCAUAAUUUUGAAUUUUCCAAAAAAAUUAAUUUUUUUUAGAUUUUGAAGGCUCAUUAAAUAAAAAUGUUUUUUUCAAAAAAAAUCAAAAAAAAAUUUUUUUUUCAAAAUUACCCAAAAAACCAUUUCAGAGUGUAUGGCGAGGGUUCGCAACGCGCAGAAGACUGAGCAACACCGAUCCGCUGCAGGCCCAAGACCCCAAUCGGCCCAAUUCCUCCACAUAA